UAUGGCCACAGACCACCUGAAACCUGCAUCCAAGCAGCAGCAGCCAGGCACCAGUGCAUUUAAGCUGGUUAUCUAUGAGCAGGAAAACUUCCAGGGACGCUGCCAUGAGCUGACUGGUCCCUGCAACAACCUCCAGGAAGCAGGCGUGGAGAAAGUGGGCUCCAUACUGGUGCUGUGUGGACCAUGGGUGGGAUACGAGCAGAACAACUGUAAGGGGGAGCAGUAUGUGUUUGAGAAGGGGGAGUAUCCUCGCUGGGAUUCCUGGACCAACAGCAGGCGUAGUGACACCAUUGUUGCAUUCCGCCCGAUUAAAGUGGACAGCCAGGAGCACAAGAUUGUCCUUUACGAAAACCCCAGCUUCGCGGGGAAGAAGAUAGAAAUCAUAGAUGACGAUGUCCCCAGCUUUCAUGCGCACGGCUACCAGGAGAAGGUCUCCUCUGUUCGGGUUCAGAGUGGCACGUGGGUGGGCUAUCAGUAUCCAGGCUACAGAGGCUAUCAGUACCUGUUUGAAAAGGGGGAGUAUAAGGACAGCACUGAGUUCGGAGCCCAGAUUCCUCAGAUCCAGUCGGUUCGGCGCAUCAGAGACAUGCAGUGGCAUCAGAGGGGUACUUUUCACCCCGUCAACUAA